UCCUGCUCUGGAUGUGGGUCUGCUUUUUGAACUGACUCUGAACAGAAUCACAUGAUCUUGGUUGGUAACAUAUGGUGUUCAACACAAACAUCAUUAUUACAGUGUUUCAAUCAUUAUUUCACAUCAUCAGUUUGUUUUAUUUUAUUGUGUUUACAUGUAGUCAGAGGCUAAGGUCAGUGUGCAUCUGUACAUACAUGUCAAAGCAAGACAAAGAACAGUCUGCAGAAUAAAUGAGUUCCUGCUUUACUUUGAAAUGACAACACAUAAUACAUUUAACUAUGAAUUUAACUUUUACUUUAGUUGGUGAAACAUAAAGGUCUUUAGUCUCACUUCAGCCACACACUGAGUCAUUUCCUGUGUUUGGGUCUCCACCAAACUUAAAACCAGAAUUUAACCACAAGGUGGAAACUUUCACAGGCCUGAGGUCAAAGGAGCCUUUUCACUAUAGUACUGCAUGAUGAUGUUUCAGCUAAGAGUCAAAUAAAAUAAACACAUUUUAAUGCAGCCUAAAGUAAGAAUUAACUUGAAUUCCUCUGUUAACAAUCAAAGGAGAGAAAAAGGAUAUUGCACCCAAAAAAUCCCCCAAAAGGGCAAAACAUGUCUCCUGACAUGAAGCAACACAACAGCUUUGCAUUUUAUAGAGAAAGGAAACAACACAACAGAAAAUACAAAGUUCUGUUUGUUUGCAGUGGACAGCAAAUAUAAACAUGUCAACCAACUGCUGCGGUCAAAGCUACAGGAGCUGUUUGAGUUUUGUGUGAAAGGGCAGGAAGCACAGACCAAACAGAAGAAGAAACUGUAGAAAAACUCUUGUCAUGUUAAACACAACUUCUCUUUAUCUGCAAACUAAAACUGUUUGAUUAUCUGUGGAUCAGAGUGCAGCAGGCUGGAUGUGACGAUGGGGCACUCUUUGCUCUGCAUGAUGGGCUUUUUCUUGCUCAGUACUGUCAUCUGUGGAAAUGCUGAAGAUAACAUUACUCAUUCACAAGAUGCUGAUGAGGAGGAAGAGCAAACAACCUCAGCACAGCGUGAUGAGUUUGGGGUAAAUUCAGGUAACUCGAAUCUGAAAACAGACUCAACCACAGCUCCCAUUAAGCCCACUGUGACUGUGCAGCCAUUCUGGCCUCAGAUAUACAGCGGUGAGACAGUCACUGUCAGAUGUGAGAUUCAGGGAGGUAAAGGAGCUCAGUGGACGUAUGAAUGGAGUCCAUACAAGUCAAACACACCUCCAACAUCCAAUGAAUACAAAAUUACAGUUACUGAGUCUGACAGUGGAGGAUACAGCUGCCGGGGUAGAAGAAGCUCCUCCUGGACAGAGUGGAGUAACAACAUCACAUUGAGAGUAAUCGCUCCUCCUGAGCCAACUGUGACCCUGCAGCCAUCCAGGACUCAGAUACACAGCAGUGUGAUAUACAGCGGUGAGACAGUCACUGUCAGAUGUGAGAUUCAGGGAGGUGAAGGAGCUCAGUGGACGUAUGAAUGGAGACGAAACAAGUUAAACACACCUCCAACAUCCAGAGAAUACACAAUCAGCGGUGCUACUAAGUCUGAUGGUGGAGGAUACAGCUGCCGAGGCAAAAGAGACUCGUCCUGGACAGAGUGGAGUGACAACAUCACGUUGACUGUAUUAUCUCCUCCUAAGCCCACUGUGACCCUGCAGCCAUCCUGGACUCAGAUAUACAGCGGUGAGACAGUCACUGUCAGAUGUGAGAUUCAGGGAGGUGAAGGAGCUCAGUGGACGUAUGAAUGGAGACCAGCCAAGUCAAACAAACCUCCAACAUCCAAUGAAUACAAAAUCAAAGUUACUGAGUCUGACGGUGGAGAAUACAGCUGCUUAGGUGGAAGAAGCUCCUCCUGGACAGAGUGGAGUAAUGUCAUCACAUUGAGCGUAAUAGCUCCUCCUGAGCCAACUGUGACCCUGCAGCCAUCCAGGACUCAGUUAAACAGCAGUGUGAUAUACAGCGGUGAGACAGUCACUGUCAGAUGUGAGAUUCAGGGAGGUGAAGGAGCUCAGUGGACGUAUGAAUGGAGACGAAACAAGUUAAACACACCUCCAACAUCCAGAGAAUACACAAUCAGCGGUGCUACUGAGGCUGAUGGUGGAGGAUACAGCUGCCGGGGCAAAAGAGACUCGUCCUGGACAGAGUGGAGUGACAACAUCACGUUGACUGUAUUAUCUCCUUCUAAGCCCACUGUGACCCUGCAGCCAUCCUGGACUCAGAUAUACAGCGGUGAGACAGUCACUGUCACAUGUGAGAUUCAGGGAGGUGAAGGAGCUCAGUGGACGUAUGAAUGGAGACCAGCCAGGUUAAACACACCUCCAACAUCCAGUGAAUACAGAAUCACAGUGACUGAGUCUGAUGGUGGAGGAUACAGCUGCCGGGGCAGAGCAGACAGGUUCUUCACAGAGUGGAGUGACAUCAUCACACUGACUGUAUCAUAUCCUCCUAAGCCCACUGUGUUCCUGCAGCCAUCCUGGACUCGGAUAUACAGCAGAGUGAUAUACAGCGGUGAGACAGUCACUGUCAGAUGUGAGAUUCAGGGAGGUGAAGGAGCUCAGUGGACGUAUGAAUGGAGACGAGGCCAGAAAAACAUACAUGAAACAUCCAGUGAAUACAGAAUCACAGCUACUAAGUCUCACAGUGGAGGAUACAGCUGCCGGGGUAGAAGAAGCUCCUCCUGGACAGACUGGAGUUAUAUCACCACAUUAACUUUAUUACAUCCUCCUAAGCCCACUGUGACCCUGCAGCGAUCCUACACUCAGAUAUACAGAGGUACCACAGUCAGAUGUGAGAUUCAGGGAGUUGAAGGAGCUCAGUGGACGUAUGAAUGGAGACGAGGCUGGGUUGACAUACCUGAAACAUCCAAUGAAUACAGAAUCAACAGUGUUACUGAGUCUGAUGGUGGAGGAUACAGCUGUCGGGCCACAAGAAGCUCCUCCUGGACAGAGUGGAGUGUUACCACCACAUUGACGGUAAUAAUUCCCAUUAAGCCCACUGUGACCCUGCAGCCAUCCUGGACUCAGAUAUACGGCGGUGAGACAGUCACUGUCAGAUGUGAGAUUCAGGGAGGUGAAGGAGCUCAGUGGACGUAUGAAUGGAGACGAGGCCAGUCAAACAUAGGUUCAGCAUCCAGUGUAUAUACAAUCAGCAAAGCUACUUGGUUUGACAGUGGAGGAUACAGCUGCUGGGGCAGAAGGGACUAUGUUUUAACAUACCUGAGUGAAACCAUCACACUGACUGUAUCAUCGAAACCAAAGGCUAAACUGAGAGCUGAUAGGACAGCUGUUCCAGUAGGGGGCAGUGUGACCCUGACCUGCUCUGUGAACCCAUCAUCAUCAUCAUCUGCAUGGAAAUACUACUGGUACAGAGAUGGGAAAUCUUAUGAAGCUUUGACAAAUGGACAAAUCAGUGUCUCAGAGGGAGGACUCUACAGCUGCAGAGGAGGAAGAGGAAAACCAGUUUACUACACAGAGGACAGUGAGUCAGUCAGGAUUGAAACAACUGUGUCAAACAGGUCUGUUGUGACUCUGUAUCCAAACUGGUCUGAGAUAUACAGCGGAGAGACGAUCACUGUCAGAUGUGAGAUCCAUGGAGGAGACACUGAGUGGGAUUAUGAGUGGGAAACAAACAGCACCAUAAAGCCUCCAAAUCAAAAUGAAUACAGCAUUAGAUCUGCUUCAUCAUCCAACAGUGGAAACUAUCGCUGUAAGGGCAGAAUGAAAAGUUCACAGCAUAAAACAACAGAGUGGAGUGAUUCAGUCACACUGACAGUUUCUGACAAUAAACCCCGUCCUGUCCUCACUGUGUCUCCAUCAUGGCUGAGUCCUGGAGCCUCAGUAACUCUGAACUGUGAGCUUGAACAUCCGUCUGCAGGAUGGAGCUUCUACUGGUAUAAAGCUGUUCCUGAUCUGAAAACAUACAACUAUGAAUCCUACAGUUAUGAGCUGCUACCUGAUGGCAGAAGGACUGCACAGGACUCCUACAUCAUUCAUGGACAGACACACACAGCAGGAUAUGUGUGCAGAGCUGGAAGAGGAGACCCAGAGUAUCACACUGAUCACAGUCAACCAAAGUUUGUCUGGUCUGCAGAUGUUCAUUCAGCAGCGUCUCUCACAGUGAGUCCUGACAGAGUGCAACACUUCACCUCUGACUCUGUCUCACUGACCUGUGAGGGAAACUUCACUGAGUGGAGAGUGAUGACUGUUCCACAGAGCGAUCCUUCAUAUUAUUAUAAAUGCGAGAGAAGGACUGGAUCCACAUGUAACAUCUACACAUCAAAGUCAGAUACUGGAGUGUACUGGUGUGAGUCUGGAUCAGGAGAGUUCAGCAGUGCAGUCAACAUCACUGUACAGAAUCAUUAUUAUUAUGUUCCUAUCCUGGUGAGUCCUGUUCAUCCUGUGACUGAGGGAGCUUCUGUUAGUCUGAGCUGCAGUUUGAAAACACAAAAAAUACUUUCCAAUGUGUUUUUCUAUCACAAUGACAAACUUAUUCAAAAUGAUACCCGAGGGGAGCUGAACAUCUCUGCAGUGUCAAAGUCUGAUGAAGGUUUCUACAAGUGUCAGUACUCAGGAAGAGAGUCAGCACAGAGCUGGAUGUCAGUUAAAGUAACUGUGUCAGGAGCUGACAGCUCUUCAUCUCCUGUGUGGUUGAUGGUUGGACUGGUUUGUGGAGUCUCUCUCAUUAUUAUUCUCCUGCUCUUGUUGUAUCGCUGCAGACAGUCCAAGUAUUCCUGCUUCACCAGGUCGAUCCAGUCUGAGAGUCACAGUCCGGGCUCCUCCACAAAUCAUGGAGUCAACCAGGAUGAAACUCAUGUGUACGACUCUGUUCAUCCUGGUACCAAUCACAUCUAUGACUCAGUUACGCUGGUUGAAGACAACAGAAAUGGAUCAGAUGAACAUCAAGAUGUCACAUACGCUCUUAUUGAACUUAAAAACUUUGAAAAGAAGCGGAAGCGUCAUAAACCAGAGCAGAGUGCUGUUUACUCGGAGGUGAAGACGGGAGCUGCAGAGGACAGUCUGAUGUAUGCUGAGGUCAAACGCCCCAAAAAAGCCAAGAAGAAAGCAGGAAAAUCAAGUCCUGCAGCAGAUGCAGCAGUUUAUUCUGAAGUCACAUUAGGAAGCUUUCCUGGUCAGUGAGGAGAGCUGCAGCAGCAAAGCCAAGAAGAAGCAUUUUAUGAAUCCACUGUUGCUCCUCUGCUGCCCAAAUAUCAGACACGCUCAGUUUUUAGUUUUAAUUAUAUUGAAUAAUAACAUGAUAUAUAGUUGGUACUGUCUUUUAGCAUAAAGCACACAGAGAUGUGUCCUGUUUCAGAUUCAUGCUCUUUAUAUUCAGCUGAUAUUUUUAUUCAUUGUUGAGCUUUUGUAUAAAACUUUGAAUGUAUCCUGUUCCACAGAGAAAAAAGUCUGUGAUUUUUAGUAACUGAUAGCAGCAACUUAAAGUCAGCAGAGUUACAUUAGGAAGUGCUGGUAUAAACACCAACAAAUACUUUUACUGUCUGAGUGUAAAGAUCUAUAUUGUGUAAAAAAUAAUUAUUUGAUAUAAAAACAUGAAAAAGUUGCUUCAUGAUUCAUUUAAUGUCAGAUACUUUUAUUGUAGUUUUAGUGUAUCUCUCUUGUAUUUUAAUCUGAAGCUGUGAAUGUUAUUUUUUUAUUUUAUUUUAAUGUUGUUUGCUGUUCUCACUUUUUCUGAAUUUUACAUAGUUUUUUUAAAAGUUAUUUAUUUUGAAUGUGAUCAGCUCUGUUGUUUUAAACAUGGUAUAUAAAUACAUUUGACUUUGACUUCACCUUUUCUUGUAUUUUAAUCUGAGUAAAGAUUUAAGAUUGUUUAGGCUUAAAUAGAUUUUCUUGGCUUUAUAAUUUGCUUUAAAGCUUUUAUUGGAGCUGUAUUGUGGUACUACCUUUUACUUUUUCAGUAGGGCGCAGUGCUCUCCAUUUAGAAGUACUUUGAGUUCAUCUAUUACACAUAUACACAUUCCUACUAUUAUUAAUUACUAAUUAUUGAAGAAAGAAAGGUUGCAGUGAUAUUUGUGUCCAGAGCUCUGCGAGUUGAUGAUCCAGUCUUGGCCUUUGAUGAUGUUGAGCCAUCACUCGCUGUCCUGUGUUUGUCCCACAUGUGGCUUUCUAGAGGAACAAAACACAGCUGGGUGCAAAAACAUCGUCAGUAUAAACUGUGAGGUGCAGCUCUGCUUUAUUUGUCUGUUUGUUUUUAAAAUA